AUGUUAGUGGGUCGCUAUCGACCCCAUGGGCAUAUAAAUUACUUAAAUUUGGCGUUUUGCAGGUCUCGUCGAUUGCUUUCCACUACUAAAAUAGCUGAUGCCCUCGAAGCUUUGGAGGAGGUGGAAGACAUUCAAGGUAUAGACGAUAGAUAUGUUUAUAUAGAUCCACCAUGUAACGGUGAAAUUUCUGAUGGUGACUCGGGGGAAGAAGACUGUUGCGAUUUUGAUAGAUUGAUAGAUUUCGGCACCAGCUUCUCGCGCCUGCUGAGCUAG